AUGAAUGCGUUGAUCAUAGAGAUAGCAAAUGGUAGUCAGGUUCUGGUAUGUGAGAUUGUUAAGAGUUGCGUAUUGGGAGUUGAAGGGAAGGCAUUUGGUCAAGAGUUAUCGGUAGUCAAUCUAUACGCAAUCAGGGACAGAAGGUUUCAGGUAUCUCCAUGGAAGGGUAUUAUCCGUUUUGGAAAGCGUGGGAAGCUAAGCCCUCGUUUCCUUGGACCGUUUAAAGUCUUGACUAGGGUGAGACUCCAGGCUUACAAACUAGAACUACCACCAGAGAUGGCCGGAAUACAUAACACAUUCCACGUGUGCUACCUUCGUAAGUGCUUAGUGGAAGAAGAAAGUGUGAUACCACUUUUGGAAAUUCGUGUUGAUGAGAACAACCGAAGCGUGGAAGAACCGGAAGCCAUCUUGGAAAGCAAGAUCAAGGUGUUGAGGCACAAGGAAGUUGUCAUGGUCAAGAUACGUGUUUAG